AUGAGACCUCCCGGAUCAGCACCAUUACCAGAAGCCAACAAGGCUGAACAAGAAAAGAAAGAUCCCAAAGAAAGCAACCACGUCUAUAAUGAAAGAAGAUCACACGGCAGAGGCCGUGGUGGGUACAAGGGACGUGGUGGCCGUGACAACUACUCAUACGGCCGUGGGUAUGGAAACCACAAUAACCGUGGUCGUGGUUCCAGUUAUGGCCGUGGAAGAGGCACUUUUGGCCGCGGUCAAGGCGGCAUAUCCAAGCCUUCUUACUCGACCAUAUCCAUUUGUCACAGGUGCGGGAUGAGUAACCAUUGGGCCAAGAAUUGUAGAACCCCUAAGCAUUUAUGUGAACUCUAUCAAGAGAGCCUUAAGAACAAGAACCCGGAAGCCCAUAUGGUUCAUGAUAACGGGUAUGAUGCUGUUGAUGAUUUCGACCAUGAAAGGAUGACCUUAUGGAUCAUGAGACUUCAGAUUGUCUUAAUAACUAAUUCGACAUCUUGUUUGAUUGUCUUAUGA